UCUAUUGUUUCUUUAUAUGAUCUUUGAGUGAUCUAGGCGAUAGAACGGUAUUUUGCAAAGAGAAAAUCGAUCACUAGAUUCAAAUAAUGAUUGAGGCCCGUCAUGAUUGCCCGUCACACUUUGGCAAAGUGCAUCGAAUUUACUGCAAGUGGUGUCCCGAAGCCAUCUAAGCAUAGAGAAAUUAAUUUAGACGAGUCACCUUAUGAUCUGGAUAUGAUUGGAAGAAAUUUCAAACACAGAGAAAUCAAGUUACGAAGUUAUUUCAGUAUCACUAUUUAUAAUAGGUAAACAAGUGAUUUUAUAAUUUAUCCAACAUGUAUAUCCUACCCUCUUCUUUUUUUAGUUUAACAAAAUAUGUGGUAAGCGAUAUCAUCAUAUGUCUAUUAGCUAUGUUGGUCUGAGUGUUAUAUUUUUGUUGUAAGAAGGUCUAAAAUUAGAGUUUACAUUUAGUUAUUUUGUAUGAAAUCCUCGUAUUGAGUGAACCCAAUGGCUAAAUUUUCUGGCUCCGCCCCUGGCAGCCAUACAAACGGCGGAUCAACUCUUGCCUGACUAGCUACAAAAGUAAAUAAAUGGGCCGUGGACUGGCAAAUUAGCGAGUUUUUUUAAAUGUUUGUCAGUUGUUGCAAGAGGAAAGCGUCAAGUAGCUGGACAUGGAGUUUUUUAUUUUUUGGAAAAAUAGCUGGACAUGGAGUUUUGUCUCCCCGCUCACAUGCACCAUGUGAACAGUAAGCCAAAGAGGCGACGUUUCCGAAGACUGCCCGCGUUGCCUCUCACACUGGUCUCCGUUGUCACUUAUCACCGCCUUCUCCUCUGUGGAACUUUUUUUCCCCAAAGUCCAAGUCGCGGAGGGAGAAAAUACUUGGAAGCUGCAAGUAAAGAAAAAAGAUCACUCCAGUCAACUCAUCACUCCCGCCGCGUCAACUCCGAUCAUGGUCGUACGCGCCUAAUCACUGUCACUGUUAAAGCUAAGCUUCACAUCGGUGCCGUCCAUUUGGCCUACGUCCACGUACGGGCAGUCAGUCUUCAGAGCGUGCCCCCCACGACCCGCCAAAAGAAAAACAGUACGUACAGUAAUAAUUUUACGUCUUGGCGACCACAUCUUAGUCAUAUUUUAUACUACGUGUGUAUAAGUAAUGGAGUUGCACCGACGAAAACCUCACUGUGCUCCGGAACGAGCCGCCCAGAUCAAAAAGCAGUCAUAGUUACAAUCAUUUUGGUUUCGGGCGUGUGCAGCUAUACGCUACGUACAAUCUACCAUGGGCGUCGGCGACGGCGCACGCGCCAGCACCAAUGGCCCGCCGCCGCUCCCAUGCGUCGGCGUUGUAGUGGUCCCCGGGGUGCGCACCGAACAGAUGGGGGAUCCGUCGAGCUACGUCGUCGCCGGCAAGCUCCUGGUCGCCGCGGCCGGGGCGCUCGCGGGCGUCCUCCUGGCCCUCGUCGCGCUGCACGCGUACACCGGCACCCGGCGCCGGCGCUCGCGCGACCGCCUCCGUCUCCGCCACAGCCUGCAUGCCAUCUCCGACGGCGCUGUCCACGGCGGCGUGGCGGUGGCGCCUUCGCCGCGGGGGCUGGACCCCGCGGUGCUCCGCGCGCUCCCCGUGGCCGCCGCGGGCGACGGGGCCGGGAACUGCGCGGUGUGCCUCGCGGGGCUCGAGCGCGGCGAGGAGGCGCGCGCGCUGCCGCGGUGCGGCCACCGGUUCCACGUGGGGUGCAUCGACGCGUGGUUCCGCGGGAACUCCACGUGCCCGCUGUGCCGCGCGGACGUCGAGGCGCCGGACGACGAUGCCGAGGCUGAGGUGCGCGUAGACGUGGAGACGGGGGACGCCGCGGUCAAGGGCGGUGCGCCGGUGAUGAAGAGGCUGUCGAGCGGCACGGAUCUUGACAAGACGAGGCGGGCCUUUGCGUGCACCCGAUCUGCGUCCUUCUGACAUGCAUGCUCGAGCCAAACAGUUUUGGGGUGUUUAUUCCGUCGGACCGUGAAUAUCCUUUUGUUGAUCAUACUCGGCGUGUCUGGUCUCUACGUGUACAAAUCUGGCAGAUAGAUAUGUGUUGCAAGUAUGAUAUUAAAAAGGACAUGUGAUUGAGUA